AUGCGCGUCCAACACACACUACUCUUCCUGAGCAGUCAGCUCAUUGGUGCUGUAGGUCUAGGUUUCAAUCUAAACACCACAAAGCUUCCCAUCUACCCUCUAAGCACCGAUAGCCAAUUUGCUUUUGUCUUGGAAGAGAAACUCGCGCUCUCCAACAACCAUGGUGCCAACACGGGUGAGGUGCUUCGAGCUGCAUCGCAAAUUGUACCUGGAGACUUCGAGUCCUGGUACCAGGAAUUCACGUUCCUCGCAGAUCAGAUGCGCGUGUUCGCGAACUCAACAAAGAACACUCUCUCUGCACGCAAUGCGCACUUCCGCGCCUCCUCAUACUACCGCACAGCUGAUUUCUUCCUCCAUGGAAACGACUCGGACCCACGUCUAAUAACUCUUUGGGAUAACAUGCUGGAGGACUUCUCCGCUGCUAUCAAGCUUCUCCCGCUGCCUGCCGAGAAGAUUGAGAUCCGAGCCGACGGUUUCACCAUUCCGGCAUAUUUCUACCCAGCAGAUUCCGAGAGUCAAUCAUCGACCGGAAAGCGCGGCUGCGGAGGCAAGAAGCCAACAGUUCUUGUCGGCAGCGGCUACGAUGGUAGUCAAGAGGAACUGUAUCAUUCUAUCGGCGCUGAAAUCAUUGCACGCGGUUGGAACUUUGUCACCUAUGAAGGACCUGGUCAGCCCACAGUCAGACGUCAACAGGGUCUCGGUUUCCGACCGGACUGGUGGAAUGUCGUGACACCCGUAGUGGACUACCUGGCUAACCGUUCCGAUGUCGACAUGUCCAGUCUAGCACUGGGUGGCUUCUCCUUCGGCGGUACACUUGCACCUCUUGCUGCUAGCCGCGAACAUCGCUUCGCAGCAGUUCUGGCUAUCGAUGGUCUAUGGAGCCUCCAGGACUCCAUCGAGGCACAACUACCUGAGCAGUUGGUCGCAAUCUUCAACUCUGGCAAUGAGACAGUCUUCAACUAUGUCGUAGAAGAGGCACUUGCUAGCCCCGACACACCAACCAACUUUCGCUGGCUAGUAGAGCAAGGCAUGUGGUCGUUUGCCACGACGAGUCCUUUUGACUGGUUCACUCGUCUCGGCGAGAUCAAUCUUGAUGGUGUUGUGCCCAACAUCACAGCCCCAGUAUUCGUUGGACAAGGUCAGAACGACGACAGCACUAGAGGGCAGCCAGAAAUUCUUGCCAAAGCAUUAGGAGACCAGGGUUAUUACUACUCGUUCAGGACGGAUCUUGGGGCAGGAGAGCAUUGCCAGCUUGGCGCAGAAGCUCAGCUUAACCAAAUUACGCUCGAUUGGUUGGAAGGGGUUUUUGAGAAGGCCAAAUAA